AUGGAUUUAUUGGAACUUCCCAUUGUUAUAAUUGAAACCAUUUUCUCAUAUUUGUCUUACGAUGAUAUUGCGAAGAGUAGACUGGUGUCCCGAACAUUCAACGACAUUUGCAUGCGUAUCCUUAAUCGCGGCUUCGUGAUGAUCGAGCGGAGACACGCAACGGCACUUAAGAAUGUAAAGGCCCAGCUUCCAAGGAGAGAGUCAGAACGCAGGUACCACCAUUUAUCUCGGCACUGUGACAUCCUGACAUCGAUAGAAACACGAAUAUCUAUGCUCAAUAUGACAUACUCCAAGUAUAUUGACAAUGGUCUGUGCUGCUUUAUACCUGGCAAGGUUAUAGACGAAAUAAGGCGCGUCCUAUACAUUGUAGAGACAGCGACUACACCCCCGCGUGCACACGAAGUUCUACAAGAGCUGCGGGAUAUAUCCAGCAUGGCGAUAGAACAUUUCGAUGAUAAAAUAUCGCCAGCGUUCCGGAAAAAGCUGCAAGACGGUGUUGCUCCCCCACAGACACGAUCCUCGCAUGCGGUACUUGCUCCACUAGCGAUGCGACAAGAGAUGAUACAUCUUCGCCGACGAUCCAUACUUAACGCCAAGCUGUCUCUAUACCUUGCCUCGCAGUAUAAGAAGUUUUAUAAACGGAUGUUGGAGUAUAAGAAGGUUGCCUGGCGUCAGCAGAAGACCAUCAGAGAGCUGACAAAGAAACAACGAGACCAGGACUCUGCUAUUGCUGAUUUGAAGAAACGUAUUGAAGAAUGUGACAUAAAAUACAGCGAACUUACUCACACAAAUCAAGCUGUCGGUGGUAAAGUUAUUGCAGUGAGCGGAGCCGGGGAGCCGUCCACAUCAGCUCAGCCUCUUCGCCACUUCUCCAGCCAGAUCAAGUUGGAUCUGUCCGUACUGCCCAUCGGCACGUCGAAGAGGAACAACAAAUUGCUACCAAACAUGAAACCCCGUAAGCCGCUUAUAAAGCUCCCGAGUCUCUCGGAAGACGACUCAGAACCCCCGCCCAAAGUCCAAAAGGUAGAAGAAGACGCCAGGUUCUUACCUUCAACAUCCACCGACAGAAGCCCCCGACAGAAAACACAAUCCACCAUCGCUAAAAUAAGAGGUAUUACAAAUGAAAUACGCCAUCUCAGUAAUCUAUCAAAGAGUUUCGAGUGCAAACUCAAGCGCCCGUUAAGUGUCGUUGACCUUACAGUACCUGAAAACAAGAAACAGAAGAUUGAUUAG